UGGCGUCUGGGUUGGAGACGCGAACGCGACCAACGGGGCUUCUGUGCACUGUGAACCCCGGUUUUGACUCCGCGCCUAUCGAUUGCCGAAUGUGCAUCUUCUUCCGUGUAAAUCUCAUCGCGUAGCGUUUCUUGUCUCUCCGAACGUGUGGUUUUACGAUUGUCGCGAACACAACGAUCGGCGAAACGAGGAGGAAAUCCGUCGGGAGCACAAGCGGGCACGGGAGGAGCAGAAUGACGCCAGAAGGGUACACGCGCGUUUACGUGGGAGGGUUGAAUGAGAGCAUCAAAAAGGAGGAUCUUCAGAUGGAAUUUGAGAAGUACGGGAAGCUGAACAAGGUUUGGGUGGCGUUCAAUCCGCCUGGUUUCGCGUUCAUCGAAUUCUUCAACCUGAACGAGGCGGAACUGGCGUGCUGCAACAUGAACGGGAUGGAGAUUAUGGGUGCAAAGUUGAGGGUGGAAAUUUCACGUGGUAGAGGUCGCGGUGGCGGCAGGGCUGGCGGCGCGGGUGGUGGUGGUGGUUUUCGAGGAAAUCGCGGUGUUAGCGGUAGGGAGUAUCGCUUGACGCGGUACGGCGCCACCGUGGGUUAUAAAAGCAAUACUUAUCCAGAUUACGGAGGCGGCUAUUACGCAGGCAGGGGUGGCGCAAGUAGGGGCAGAGGUUACGGAGAGGACUAUAUGUACAAUCGCAACGGCGGGUAUGUCGCGCGUGACGGAUAUACGCAGGACGUCUACGGUGCUAGUAGUGGAGACACCGGCACCAACUACUACGGGAGAAACACGAGCACAGGGAGGUAUCGAAGCCGCUCUCCCGCUGGCCGUGGAAGUCAUCGUCAUCUACGUGAAUGCACAUAAAAGAACUUCGCUGCGUCUUGCCAAACCGUACUGCGGGCCGAUCAGCCACCCGCCUCGACGACUUCAUUUCUGUCCAAUCUACACAGUGACCUGUAUAUAAGACAAGAACAAACAACGCUGUGCAAUGCUUACCCUGCAUUGUACCACCCCGUGUAACAACAUGCGGUCGCUGCCGGGGGAAUACUUUUUAUUGAUAGACAAAACAAAAAAAAAAAAAAA